GGAUCCGUGAACUCAGAGGAAGCAACCCCGACAACGACAACUCCGACAACCAUCCGCCAAGAUGAGAACGUACGACGAUUCUUUCUCCGGCCAGCGGAUUUACCCCGGCAAGGGUAAGCUGUAUGUCCGUGGCGACAGCAAGAUCUUCCGGUUCCAGAACGGCAAGUCCGAGUCGCUCUUCCUCCAGCGCAAGAACCCCCGCCGCAUCGCCUGGACGGUUCUCUACCGGAGACAACACCGCAAGGGUAUCUCUGAGGAAGUCGCCAAGAAGCGCACGCGCCGCACCGUCAAGUCGCAGCGUGCGAUCGUCGGUGCCUCGCUCGAUGUGAUCAAGGAGCGCCGGUCGAUGCGCCCGGAGGCCCGGAGCGCCGCCCGCCUGGCCGCCAUCAAGGAGAGCAAGGAGAAGAAGCAGGCCGCGCAGGCCGCCAAGAAGGCCGAGAAGGCGAAGUUGGCCGCCCAGGCCGCCAAGGGCCAGCCGCAGGGCCGCAUCGCCAGCAAGCAGGGCGCCAAGGGUGCGCCGGUCAAGGUUGCCGCCAAGAGCCGUUAAGGACUCAUCUGCUUUUGGUGGUUGCUGGUCUGGGAUGGGGUGCGAUGUUCUUCUUGGGGCAACGGGAAACCAGGUCAUGAGAGGAGCGCAAUAGAUGAAAUGGUUGUCUUGCGGUCUUGCCUGUGGCCGGAAGGGAAAACUGCUGGAGUCGGUCGGUCGGUACUCGGGUUAUUGCCUGCUCAGCUCUCUUAAAGGGUUUCUGCGCUCUCGCAACAAGUUGACAAGAAAUCAACUUGUUUUUCUCAAAGGGGCCGGUUGCAUGGAUCCUGCGUGACAGGGGGAAGGGCAUCUGCAUGGGUAGCUCACGGUAUGGCGACUGAUGUAUGCAUACAUUUGGUCUGACAGCAACGGGCGCCCUGGGCAGUGAUGGGUCUCUACGGUAUGGAGGAUGCAGCGCAGCUCAUCUGCCAGACUCCGAGAUGCGAAUCGACGACCUCUUCCCGAUCACGCACCCA